AUGGAGCAAAUAACCCCAUCGCUAGUAGAUAAAACGCAAGAGAUGUUACUGUCUGAUUUCUCGUCAUCCGUCGGAAAUGUACAAGAUAUAAAAAGGAGUGAUGUCGAAGGUGCAUUGGAUAUCGAAGAGCGCCAAGAGAAUAAGAGGAUGGUCAAAGAAGAGGGGAUUGUUUUAGCUACUGAAGAUGAUGAUACUGUAGCUGAUGAAGAGAGUGUGAUAAUUACAGAGGCUCGAGGAGACGAUAAAGAUGUGGUAGCUUUAGAUGAUGCUGGUGAUAGUAGUGAAUCUAAUGCAAGAGGAGCCGAGGAAAUUGAUCUAGUGGACAAAUAUCGGAUGGGUAACGAUACAAAGGAAGCAAAAGCUGCUGGAGAAGACGUUGAGGAGUUGGAAGAUUUGGUGACUAUUAGGACAGCGGAAACUGUGACCAAUUGGAAAAAAACUGAGAAUCACACACCAGUUGCUAGUAACAAUUUGGUUGUCGAUGAAGCAGUUGCAACACUUGACGGAGCGGUGCAAUUUCCACAGGAAAUGGAGUUGGCUUCACCAACUGCAAUGCCUGACGUGCUUGCAGUCGCUACAGACUUGAGUAUAGAGGACACUAUUGAACCAGUAGUAUUAGAAGCCGAUGCGAAUGAAUCCGAAAGCCAGGUUGCAAAUGAAGAAAAAAUUGAGGAUGGCGAUCAUGCGACUAUCACGGCAGUAAUAGAGUCUGCUGAGAAAAGUGUACCCGUCGAUGCAAAUUUGGAGGUAGUGUUAGAGGAGCUUCGAACGAAACUCGCAUGUGAAUCAGUCGAAGUGUUGGAGUCUGGAGAGAUCCAGGUUUUGCCGAAAGGCUGGUCGACACGCCAGAGUAAAAGCAAUGAUGGGAAGAGGUACUAUGUAUCGCCUUACGGACACACGCAGUGGUUGCGCCCUCCCAUAAAAACUGGUGUGAUUUACAAUUGGGUACAUGAAAUCGAGGUAACGUUUGGACCAGGUCGGUUGGGGCUCAACCUGAAGCAAAUUGCUGGACUUCCUGGCACAAUGUUUACUGACCUCCAGGUCCACAUUGUGGAGAUUUACAAGCUGCCGAAUGGAAUGGCAAGUCCGGCAGAGAUUUAUAACUGGAGUGUAAAGCCUGAAAAACGACUUGCAGUAAAUAUGCGAAUAACGAUGAUGAAUGGAAUUCCAAUGACUGGGUACACAUACUCACAAGUACUGGAGCUGCUCGCUCGAUUGGUGCGUCCCGUGCGCAUUAAGUUCGCCGAUAUUACGAAAGGUAUUGUAGGCCGAGCCGACGAAGAAAUUCCACAUGAAGAUUCAGAAGAGGUUAAGGAAGCUCGCGCAGCACGAGUGAUGCAGAACUCGCUUCGUAUGGAUUACUUUCAGAUCUUGGUGUCGAUUGAACUUCACAAACAAGUAUGGACGACAAUGAAGCAGCACAUUCACCUGAAAUGCCUCGAAAUGGAAAAGAAGUGCGAGGUUAUGGAGACUCAAGUUGAAAAAGAGCAGCGGACCCAGGAAUCUUUAGAGAAGGAGCGUGAAAAUUUGGUCCGUGAGGAAUGUUCGCUCAAGGAUAUGAUCGAGAAAUUGGACAUGCAAGCGUCAGGCGAAAUUGAAUCUCCUGAAGUGUUAAGAACGGCAGAACUUGUCCAGCGAUCAGCGGAGCUUGACAAGGAUGUCACUGACAUUAUUGCUGAAAACGCCGAAUUGCAGGCGGCUCGCGUCAAAACAGAGGAGACCCUGGAUUGCUUGCAAAGAGAGUUGGAUGAAUAUGGAGAUCUUGACAUGGACCUAAAUGGUCAGCAGGUUAUUAAGUUCUUUUCACCAGCGUUUCUGGGUUCCCUGGUGCAUAGAGGCUCUAUUGAUACUCGCGCUGAGGAUGCACGUGAGCGGCUUCUUCUGAAGGUUAAAGCUCAACAUGAUCAUCUUGAAGAAGAGAUCAAGAUGGAGGAAGAGCGAGCCGAAUUCGUACAAUCGGAGAUUUAUCAAUUCAAGAGUCAAAUGGAUGUGGCUGCAGCAGCUGUCAAGCGUGAGGAUGCAUUUAUUAGUGGCGAACGUCCGCCUCAACUGAUCUUUGCGGAGAACAAGAUUGCGUUGCUGCGGAAGAACCUGCAGGAAACUGUGUCGGGAAUAGCGACUGCAACUAUCAGUGGAGAUCAGCAACAGGCUGAGAACCUGUCGCUUCGACGAGCUGAUCUAAAGGAUGAUUUGAAGAUGGCAUCGGAAGAAAUGCGGCGAAUGGAGAACGAGCUGCAGGUUUUCUUUGACGUCGACAAGGGCGAAAAGAUUGUCUUGCAACACGCGGACUCAUCCAUUGACUCGGUUGAUAUCGAUGAAGCUCCACACGAACGCGUGUCAGAGUCGUCGCGUCUACAGAACAAGCUAAUUAAGCUUCAAGCUCAGCUGCAUGAUACCGUUGUCGAGCUCACGAAAGCUGCCGAUGAAAAGGACGAAGAACGCAAAAGUCAGCUCGGCAAGCGCCGGUUUCGACUGAAGGAUGAGAUGAAGGUGGUACAAGAUCAGUUCCAGCUUUUGACAAAUGGGACACUAAACGUGUCGGCCAAGGCAAAAGAUUCGUACUUGCGACCGUCGAUUAUCGGCUCGCCUACAAUACAUGACGUUCCACGGAGGUCUGGCGGCGGCUCUCGCGCGUCGCUUGGUGGCAUCCGAGACUCAAUCGCUGGUAGCAGGGCUUCCGUGGAUGGUGGUCGGACUUCCAUAGGUGGUGGUCGGACUUCCAUAGGUGGUGGUCGGACUUCCAUAGGUGGUGGUCGGGCUUCGAAUGGCGGUAACAGAGCUUCGACUAGCGUGCGACGAGUUUCAGAACUAUUGGAUUCUAAUCGUAGCAGACGAGGCAGCAGCAGCGCGUCUGUCAACGCGUUGACGCAGGCACACGAGUCGAACUCGUACCAGAUCCCUCGAGAUGGUUCAUUGCCAACCAUGAGUGGCAUUUUACGCAAACACGCAACCCACUCGAACGAAAAGGGCACAUUUGGUAACAUGUCGUUGCGUGGCGUUCGUGAGCGGUGGUUUAACAUUGAAUCAGAUGGAUUUCUUCGGUAUUACAAACGAGAGAGUGAUCGUGAACCUCGUGGUUCAAUUCCACUGAAGAACAAGUCAUUGGAGAUCCUGUAUGGCAAAGAAGUGAGCAAGCCGAACGAGUUUAUGAUCUGCUCACCUACCCAGCAGACGCGUAUGAUUGCAAAGAAUCAGGACGAGAUGCUCAAGUGGGUAAAGGUAUUAGAGCUUGCUCACGCGUACUUCAUCCAGCAAUCCACUGACAAUGAACAGGCACCCGAUAGCAUCCCGCUAUCUGCCGAUACCAUGGAAGACCAGGAAUCCGAAGACCCAGAGCUCACAUAUCGAAACAAACGUGCAACGCUCGGCUUUUAA